ACACUCAUUAGGCAAGAAGAAGAUAUUGUGCAAAUACAAAGCUCAAAAUGCCAAAACCUAAAAUCCAAACUCCAAAAUUAUAAGCCACCAACACAAAAUCCAAUCUUUCCCUCUCCCUCACUCACUCCACCACCCACACAACACAACACUCAAAAAAAAAAAAAAAAAAAAAAACCAGCCUUCUCUCCCUCUCCCGACAACCUCGGCGCCAAAUCUUCAGGCGGGUCAACCCACCAAACCCACAUGACCCAACCUCUAACACUCCAAACAACACACCAACCCGACUCGACAAAAAUCCACCGGAAUGAGACUCAUAGUGCCAUUACAAGGCAUAGUUCAAGGUAGGGGGGGCCUAAUACUAGGUACCUUGAUACCUUGUGCUCUUUUUUACUUCUUUCAACUUUACAUUAAACGAAACCGUGGUAACAGUUCAAACACUCCAUUGAAUCCUCCGUCGCCGUCCAGUUCAUCGCCCAACCUCGAGGAGAUUCCGAGGACGUCAUCCAGGUCGAGUUUUCUCGGUCGGGUGGGGUCGUUUGGUCCGGUGAGUGUAUCCGGCAGGGCUAGUUUGAUUGUAAGAGGGAAUGAUUCGCCUUAUUAUAUUGGGUUGGAGAAGGUUUUGGAUGAUCCAUAUGAGAAAGCGCGUAACCCGGAUGGGAUCAUUCAACUUGGAUUAUCAGAGAAUAGAUUGUGUUUCGAUUUGAUAGAGAAAUGGAUGGUGGAGAAUGUGAGGGAAGCAAUGGUGGGAAGUGACGGUGAGCAUUUGAGUAUUAAUGGGAUCGCGGCGUAUCAGCCAUCUGAUGGAUUGAUGGAGUUGAAAGUGGCCGUGGCAGGUUUCAUGUCUCAGGUGAUGGGAAAAGUGGUUUCAUUUGACCCCUCAUCAGAGGUGAUGGAAAAAGUGGUUUCAUUUGACCCCUCACAAAUAGUAUUGACUGCGGGUGCCACUCCUGCAAUUGAGAUACUAUGCUUCUGCCUGGCAGACCAUGGAAAUGCAUUUCUUAUUCCAACGCCUUAUUAUCCCGGAUUUGACAGGGAUGUUAGAUUGCGAACAGGAGUGGAGCUAAUUCCUGUUCACUGCCGCAGCGCUGACGACUUCUUAUUAAGUGUUACUGCUCUUGAACAGGCAUACAACCAGGCUAGAAAACGAGGAGUAAAAGUUCGUGGGAUUCUGAUUUCAAAUCCCUCAAAUCCUGUUGGCAAUAUACUUCCAUGGCAAACCCUCUAUAACAUAUUAGACUUUGCCCAAGAGAAGAACAUCCACAUUAUCUCUGAUGAGAUAUUCGCUGGGUCUGUGUAUGGAAAUAUGGAGUUUGUGAGCAUGGCAGAAAUUCUUGAGAAAGAAGAAUUUGAUAAGAACAGGGUUCAUAUAAUAUAUGGGUUGUCAAAAGACCUCUGUCUUCCAGGAUUUCGGGUUGGGGUUAUCUAUUCAUACAAUGAAAAUGUUUUGGCUGCUGCCAAACGGUUAACUAGAUUUUCUUCUAUUUCUGCUCCAAGCCAGAGGUUGCUGAUUUCAAUGCUGUCAGACACUAAAUUCAUUGAAGAAUUCAUCAAGACUAACAAGCAGAGGAUACAGGAAUUGCAUUAUUCUUUUGUUGAUGGUCUCAAACAACUGGGAAUCCAGUGCAUAGAAAGCAGUGCUGGUUUCUACUGCUGGGCUAAUAUGAGUGGACUAAUCCCUUCUUUCGGGGAGAAAGGGGAACUUGAGCUAUGGGAUAAGCUUUUGAAUAUUGCUAAGGUCAAUGUAACACCUGGUUCAGCUUGUCAUUGCAUAGAACCAGGAUGGUUCCGGUGUUGUUUCACUACCUUAGCUCUAGAAGAUAUUCCCGUAGUCAUGAAACGAAUCCGCAAGGUGGCAUAAACUUGUAAAUCUCUUAGUUGAAAUUCAAUGAAUUUUUUGCACCCAAUUUUGUUUCUUUCAUGGUUGAUGGUGUUGCUAUGUUUGCAAUCACUAUUCACUGCUUUCAAUGGCAGAGCAAGCAAGUCAAUGGAAAAUUCCAAUUUGAUAUCUUGGGAGUUCUGGCAAUUUUCAAGAUUGGGUUACAUUCUAAAUGCUGUAAAUUGUUUACAUAUUUGCCUGGAAGUGGAAAGCUAGAACGAUCUGAAAAGGACUGAUCAAAGAAAUGAACUUCGGGUGGUUCAUAGUGACAAAUGCCCUAUUUUCAGUCUUGGUUGGCGCAUCUUCCUCUGCAGUCCUUCAAUCAUAUUGAUGCUAGUUCCAAAGAUGCAGCAUCCAAAAGCUUUCUUGUCCAUAAAUUUCUGCCACAGUUGCAAACAGGCAAGAGUAAAGUUAUUUUAAUCUUUUGUUGAAAAUAACAGAUCACUAGAAAAUGUAACCUGUUAUUUAUUCAAUGAUAUUGCAGAAGGAGAUGAUUUAAAGUA